GCCCCUGCGGAGUCGGGGACGGUUGCCGCCGCCGGGUCCGAAGCCACCGCCGCCGCCGGGACCGAAGCCGCUGCCACCGGCGGGCUCCGGACUGCCGCCUGCCGACUCCGAGUCUCCUGUCGCUCCACCGCCGCUGCCUGACGAGGGGCCGCCGUUGCCGGCCGGCUCCGGGCCGCCGCUGCCCGGCGAGGGGCCGCCGCUACCGGCCGGCCCCAUGCUGCCGCCUGCCGACCCCAACCCUCCUGUCGGUCUGCCGCCGCCGGCAGGCAAAAGGGGUGUGCUGAACCUGCCGCCGAUCCCUCCGCUGGCCAUUGACAGCCCGAGACUGAGCGACCGGCUUCGCAACAGCUCCCACCGGCCGCUUAGUCACGUGUCGCUGCUGUUCGAGGCCUCAAGUUCGUCAUUGGAUGAUGCUGAUUUGAGACCGACAGGAAGUGCCAGCAGCGUGUUUCGAAGACAUCUGUCGGUCAGAGCUGGAGGUCCCGUCAUCGGCGUAUCGCUGAGAAGCAACUUGACCAAGGUGCAGCGGCGCGACCGAGUCGACAACUCGACCGUGCUCGAGCAGAACAGGACCCGGCACGUGACCGGCGGCACCCGGCCCCGACUCGAAAACAGCCAGCUGCGAGACGCCACCAACAGUGCCGUGCUGGUCGACACCAACUCCACGUCCGACAGGCGCGGCGUCGCCGUCUCUGUCAGCUUCGACGGGACCAACUCGAUGCUGCAUCUGAGGGCGGACAGCCACCAGGCGACCACCGACAUCACGCGCAGGAGUGACCUGGACAGGAACAUACGCAACUCCACCGACACCGUCUCGGAGACGGAUUACCAACGACGCAGCAGCGUUCUACGCAGGAAGCGGAAUAGCACAGACAACGCCAGGAUUUCGCAGGUUGAAGGAAAUUUCGCCAUCACCAUCAAUAAUCCAAGGAACUGAGGUCAUACGCAUUGGUGCAAAGCCUUCAGUCAUCUGCACUCGAUCACUCAGAAGCAGCGCCAUCGAAGAAUGAAAAGCAAGAGCGCAGGGUCGGGCCGGACUGUGACUGCAUGCUGCUGGCCAAAGUUCUUCCGUCUCUGAAGAAAGGUGUUAGGAAAUUGGUGGGGCUUAUUCCACUUACCAACGAAAUGGUUUGAUUACCUUGACUUCAGCAUAUUUAUUGGCUGCAUGUUCAUGACAUACGUUCUUUGUAAACCAUUUAUAAAAUACACACAGUCGGUAUAC